AGUACCUCCCGGUUCGCUCCCGGGGGCGGACUCAGCGGCGGAAGUGGCGCCGACGGGAGAUCCCCUUCCGCUCGGAGGCGCCGCCGAAUCUUCGGAGCCAGAUUGCGGCUGGGGCUGGAAAGAGCCGGAGCCGUGGCUGACAUGGAGCAGCCGUGCCUCUGAGGCCCAGCCCUCCCUGCCUGGAGGUGGGGACCCACCAGGAUGAACAAGCUGUCCGGGGAGCUGGCCUGCGACCUAGAGCGCAGCCUGCCAGCUGUGGCCUCGCUGUCCCACAGCCAGAGCCUCCCCUCCCACUUGCUCCCGCCGCCGCCCGAGAAGCGCCGGGCCAUCUCCGACGUCCGCCGCACCUUCUGUCUCUUUGUCACCUUCGACCUGCUCUUCAUCUCCCUGCUCUGGAUCAUCGAGCUGAACACCAACACAGGCAUCCGGAAGAACUUGGAGCAGGAGAUCAUCUACUACAGCUUUAAAACUUCCUUCUUUGACAUCUUUGUCCUGGCCUUCUUCCGCUUCUCCGGACUGCUCCUGGGCUAUGCUGUGCUGCGGCUCCGGCACUGGUGGGUGAUUGCGGUCACCACACUGGUGUCCAGUGCAUUCCUCAUUGUCAAGGUCAUCCUCUCUGAGCUGCUCAGCAAAGGGGCUUUCGGCUACCUGCUCCCCAUCGUCUCCUUUGUCCUCGCCUGGUUGGAGACCUGGUUCCUUGACUUCAAAGUCCUACCCCAGGAGGCCGAGGAGGAGCGAUGGUACCUUGCUGCCCAGGCUGCUGUCGCCCGAGGGCCCCUGCUCUUCUCCGGUGCUCUAUCCGAGGGCCAGUUCUAUUCACCCCCAGAAUCCUUCGCAGGGUCUGACAGUGAAUCAGACGAAGAAGUUGUUGGGAAGAAAAGCUUCUCUGCCCAGGACCGGGAGUACAUCCGCCAGGGGAAGGAGGCCAUGGCAGUGGUGGACCAGAUCUUGGCCCAGGAGGAGAACUGGAAGUUUGAGAAGGCUAAUGAAUAUGGGGACACUGUGUACACCAUCGAGGUUCCUUUUCAUGGCAAGACCUUCAUCCUGAAGACCUUCCUGCCGUGCCCUGCGGAGCUGGUGUACCAGGAGGUGAUCCUGCAGCCCGAGAGGAUGGUGCUGUGGAACAAGACGGUGACUGCCUGCCAGAUCCUGCAGCGAGUAGAAGACAACACCCUCGUCUCCUACGAUGUGUCUUCGGGGGCCGCGGGCGGUGUGGUCUCCCCCAGGGACUUCGUGAACGUCCGCCGCAUCGAGCGGCGCCGAGACCGAUACCUGUCCUCGGGCAUCGCCACCACGCACUGCGCCAAGCCCCCGACGCACAGAUACGUCAGGGGAGAGAACGGUCCUGGGGGCUUCAUCGUGCUCAAGGCAGCCAGUAACCCCCGCGUCUGCACCUUCGUCUGGAUCCUUAAUACAGAUCUCAAGGGCCGCCUGCCCCGGUACCUCAUCCACCAGAGCCUCGCCGCCACCAUGUUUGAAUUUGCCUUUCACCUGCGGCAGCGCGUCGGAGAGCUGGGCGCCCGGGCGUAAGUGUGCCCCCUCGCCACCCUGCGGGCCAGGGUCCUGUUGCCACAGCUUCCAGAGCCAGAGAGGGCCAGUUGGGCUUCCCGCUGCCCACAGAGGACCUGGCUGCAAACACUGGGGAGGAAGAAGCUUCCUCCCAUGGCAGCACCUUGGCUCUGAGCUGCUGCCACCCUCUUCCGCCCUGCGCUGUGCCUGGGAGCCCUGGCCGGCAGCAGGUUGAGGGCUCAGGCAUCUGGACUCCGCUGCUGACGCGAGUGUGGACUAUCCUGCCGACGUUUACAUGGCGUCCCCGCCACAGUCCUGGAGGAGGACUUCCACUGUCCCCUACGUGGCCAGGGGCAGGGUCUGGAAUGGAAGCCUCAGACACGGUUGGGGAGGGCCAGGGCCCUGGGCAGGACGGGGGUCAGGGAGCCUCAUCACCAGUGUGAAGGUGCCGGAGCCCCUCCAUCUGUCUGCUCUCAUCAGUGGUUUUUUAGGAUUAUUUAAAGGGUCUGGGACCUUUUUCCACUUGGACGUGUGGGGGUACAGGUGGCAGGUGGGAGAAGUGGGUGCUGGCAGGGGACCUGUUCUCCCACGUUCUCUCCAGGUCGCCUCCCCCGCCCAGGGCCUCCUGGGGACCUUUGUCAUUUGAGCCAAUUAAAAAUACGAACUUGGA